CGUGCUUCCGGCCUGAAAUAUAGCAGACAGCGUCUUUGGUGCGCAAUGUUGUUAUUGCGAAGAAUACGCAAACUCUAAAGAUUUUUUAUAAAAGAUGAUUUUAAAAAAUGUUGUAAAUACUUCCUUUUGUAAAUUAUUGAAACGAGCUUUGCAUCAGAACAAAAGUCCAGCUAAAGUAGCCAGUGAAAAAUGCAGCAUCGAGAAAAUACGAAACAUCGGCAUACUCGCUCACAUAGACGCCGGAAAAACAACAACGACCGAGCGUAUGCUGUAUUAUUCUGGAAUCAUAAGACACAUGGGUGAAGUCCACGAUGGAAAUACUGUCACAGAUUUCAUGGACCAAGAGCGUGAGAGAGGAAUAACUAUCUGUUCCGCAGCAGUAACAUUCGACUGGAAAAACUAUCGUUUUAACUUGAUCGAUACUCCAGGUCACAUUGACUUUACCAUGGGUGUUGAACAAACAUUAAGCGUACUAGACGGUGUUGUUAUUUUACUUGAUGGAAGUGCCGGUGUAGAAGCGCAGACAUGCACAGUAUGGCGACAAGCCGAUAGGUAUUAUUUACCUAGAAUAGUUUAUGUAAAUAAAAUGGACAGACCAGAUGCAAAUUUUGAGAUGUGUUUGAAAUCCAUGGAGUCAAAAUUGGAUGCUGUCACUCUGCCAGUACAUAUGCCUUACAAGGAUGAAACUGGACUUGCUGGUAUCAUUGAUGUUGUAACUCUUGAAAAAGUUAUUUAUGAUAAAAAAACUAAUGGGCGAAUUAUAACAAAAUCACAACUUAAAGAAGAGAAUUCCAGCUUAUUAGAAAAGGCUCUGGAAAAACGUAGGUUCUUGACUGACAAACUAUCUGGGUUGGAUGAUGAAUUGGCUAAUAUUGUUAUUGAGCAGGACUCAUUGGACAAAGUUUCUUCUCAAGUUCUAGUUGAUUCUUUGCGCAGGAUAACAGUAUCACGGAAGGGUGUACCAGUACUUUUAGGUAGCUCUUAUAAAAACAUUGGAGUCCAAUCUCUGAUGGAUAGUGUGAUAUUGUAUUUGCCUACUCCAGAUACUAAUCAAUUUACAAAAUUAUACAAAGGUUUUUAUGAUAAUCUUUCUGCUAGAGUAUUUAAAAUUAUUCACGAUAAGCAAAUGGGGCCUAUUACUUUUUUCCGGGUAUACACUGGAAGUCUGAAGAAAGAUCAGAAAAUUUAUAACGUUCAGAGAGGUCAAACUGAACGUAGUGGGAAGUUGUAUGCUGCUUAUGCUGAUGAGUAUCAAGAGAUUUCAGAAAUUGAACAAGGAAAUAUUGGUGCUUUAACAGGUCUUAAAUACACAGUGACUGGUGAUUUGUUAACAAACAGUGCUUCUAGCGCUGCUCAGGCAAAAAAGUAUAUGGAAAAGAAAACAUUGUUUAGUUCUGAAGAAAUUGAUAAGCUAUUCUCUGUUGGCACAAAUGUACCAGAUCCUGUCUUUUUCUGCUCUAUAGAACCACCAUCUUUGUCAUCUGUUUCGGCUCUGGAAGCAGCUCUUCAGGAAUUAGAAAAAGAAGAUCCCAGUUUGAGAGUUAGUCAAGAUACUAAUACUGAUCAAAUAAUCUUGGCAGGUAUGGGUGAGCUGCAUAUUGACAUUAUUAAAGAAAGGAUUCGCAGAGAAUACAAAAUUGAUGUAUCACUAGGAGAACUUCAAAUUGCGUAUAAGGAAACUAUAGAAAGGCCAGUAAAAGAUACAUACGUGGUCCAACAUGAUAUCAAUAAAACAAAACAUGAAGUUUCAAUAACUCUUUCAUUAAUACCUAAUUAUAAUGGAAAGAAGCAAUUACUUUUGGAUAGCUCGCAUGAUAGCGCAUCAAAUUUAUCAGCUGUAACAGAAAAAACUAUGAAAGCAAUUAGUAAAGGCGUAUCAUCAGCUUUCUUAAAUGGACCAAAACUGGGCUGUCCAAUUGUGAAUGUUGCAGUAAAAUUGCAUUUCCUAGAAGUCAAACGUGGAACUUCUGACUCAAUCAUAACUGCUACAGUUUCCCAAUGCAUUAAAAAGUUAAUGGAGAAUAGUGGAUCGUUGUUAUUGGAACCAAUCAUGAAUCUGGAAGUAGUCACAUCAGAAGAAUACUCUUCUAAUGUAAUAGGAGAUUUGAGCAGACGAAGAGCAGAAAUAAAAUCUUUAGAUGUCAGAGGUCACAACAAAAUAAUUUCCUGUACAAUUCCACUAUCAGAAUUGCUGGGGUACUCUACACAGUUAAGGAUAAUUUCCUCUGGGCAUGCUUCAUUUACAAUGGAAUUUAGUCAUUAUCAACCAAUGAGCGAAAUUGACGAGCGUGAUGCCAUUAAAAGAAUAACUGGUUUUUAGUUAAUAAAAUAAGAUUUGUAAUUACAAUUGUAAAUAUGUGAGUACUAAAAAUAAAAGCUAAUAAAAAACGAGUUUCACUCUCGAAUUUGAA